CCACACCACAAGAAACCAUGUUCACCAACAACUGGAACAUCUGUCAAGAAAACAAUUUGUUUGAUCUCAACUCUGCACCUCUUUCCCCCACCAAUGUGGGACAAGGUUGGGAUGAACUUCUUUCCAAAUCUGCCCCCAUGAGUCUUUCCACUAGUGCGGAUGACUUGAAAAUGCCACAAAGACCGUUUGCCACGGAAAACCCUCCUAUUCCGGAAGACCUUCAAUGUUAUUUUGAUAAUGAUAGCUUGUUCAGUAAUGGAGAAGCUUGUACGAGUUCUGAUACUUCUCGGACCAACAGUCCAACGGUCAAGGCCGAGACUCGCGACGAUGAACAUAUGAUCCCUCCAAUGUUCUCCUCUACUCUUUCUCAUAAAUUGGAAUCAAUUCAAAAAUCCAAUGACUUAACUCCGAAGUCCUUGGAAUCAAUUUUCAACACCAAGGAUAUCUUGAAGGAUGACUUUUCCACCAUCUACACUCCAACAUCCCGCAGAAGCAAGCUGAGCAGCACUGUCGGCGGCAGUAGCACCUCCACCUACAACCCCUCGGGGACCAUCACCAGAACAAACUCACAUCCAAACAUCUCCUGCACCUCCUCCACCUCCACCAUCAAUGAAAUCGAUAACCUUGCCAAGCCAAGAGUAUGCAAGAAAAGAGCACCUCGGAAAAGAUUGACCGACUCACAAAAGCAAGCGCACAACAAGAUCGAGAAGAAGUACAGAAUAAACAUCAAUGCCAAGAUUGCCGGUCUUCAAAAUAUCAUCCCCUGGGUGGCGUCCGAGAAGACGGCCUUUGAAACCGGCGGCAAUCCCGUUAAGGAGGAGCCCACGGAAGAAUUCGAAGUUCCGUGCAAUCGUCUCAACAAGUCAAUGAUCCUCGAGAAGGCCAUUGACUACAUCUUGCACUUGCAACAAGAGCAGAAGCGCGCCAACGAGGAAAUCGCCGCCCUUCGCCAGGAAAUACAACUUUUAAAAUAAUUUAUGGAGACUCAGGUAGUCGUCCGGUUGGGAUAUAUAGAUAGAGAGAACGUUCGUUAAUAGAAUAAUUUACAUUA